AUGUCGGUGAUACCAACACCUACGACAUGUCGAGCAGCUCGCGUACUACUGCGACUUCCACACUUGCACCACAACAACCGACAGAGACUGCGAAGACUACGUCGUCAGUGUCGGCAACAGCAGCACCAGCACCGACCUCGACCUUGGGGUCUGCACUGGUACAACCUGUUACACGGCCUCAAGUGGAGAUUGCUCUGUCCACUCAGCAAAAUGGGCUUCAACGCGAUGGGGACCUCCUCGCGUCCCUCAGCUCAUACCAGAGUUACGACGCCACAACCAAUUAUGGCCGCACUUAGAGCGACCACCGACUCCGUCAGAGGAUACACAGCAGCAAGCAAACGUACGUCGUCAGGCUCGGGGGAAGUCAACGAUGCCACGAACAUGUGGUUCGCCGAGAACGCGCUCGCCGCGACAGCAAUUGCACUUAUCGCGGCUGUGUUGCAACAGCCACAAGGUUCUACCGUAAACCAAGGGGUUCAUCGCAACGUACGACUAGAGUGCAACAUCUCGUAA